AAGAGGAGUACUGCUUUGAUUAAAGAUCUUGUCAUGAAUUAUGAUUGUCCUCCGAGGCUACUGGGCGUAAAGCCCCCCUCGUGAUGAACAUUCUCUUUAGGCCGACACUUGAUUCCAUAAGAGAGUGUAGCUUCUUAAGCGAAGUGGGGUUGAUCAUCCACGGCGGGGUUGAAUAUGCAGAUUGGACCACAUCGAGCAACCCGGUGUCUCUCUAAAUGGGUAAGAAAAGGCUGAUCCUCACGUUGCUCUGCCCCUCCUAGCAGGGCAGUCUUAAGAAGCCGCCGCUCCUAUCAAUAUGGGCGUUUACGAACGCAACCCAAGAAACACACAACUAGAAUCCUUUGAUUGCACCCUCCGAAGUCCGCAAAUAUGAAAAUCGCAAUUGCGGGCGUCGGAGACGUAGGCACCUACUUCAUCGAAGAAUUCAGCAGAUCCGAGCAUGGACUCGUCCUCCUCACGAGCAAACCCAAAAGCCUCCGAGAUCGCCUACCCAUUGAGCAACGGAUUACCGAUUACAGCGUCGAGAGCCUCACACUGCACCUGCACGACUGCGAUGCCGUGGUAUCCACCUUCUGCGGGCCCGAGGACAAAUAUAUCACUGCCCAUCUGGCAAUCCUAGAAGCAUGCACCCGGUCCCCAAAAUGCAAGCGCUUCCUCCCCUCGUCCUGGACCACCAACAUCGAAGACUUCGGUGACCAACCGAUCAUGCUCGCACACUCACGAGACACAAUUUGGAAAGCCCUCCGCGCACAACAUGAGAUUAAAUGGACCAUGGUUUGCAACGGGUGGUUCAUGGACUAUGUUGUCCCCGCCUCGCAGCGGUAUUUACGAGACGUCGGCGUGGGAUGGGUGAUGGAUCACCAAGAUAAGGUGUUCGAGUUGUAUGCGGAUGGACAGCAGAAGGUUACGGUAACGUCUGUUCGAGACGUUGCUCGGGCGGCAUUGUCGAUACUGGAACAUGACGAUAUCAAGUGGAACGAAUUUACUCAUUUUGGCGGGCAAACCGUCACGUAUCUUGAAUUAUACAAGUUGAUCAAGAGACGGGACCCAUCGUGGACAUUGAAGAAGUUGCCAUUUGCUGUGGUGAUAGAAAAGAUUACGUCGGGGAAGUUGGCCGGUGAGGAGGUCGACUUGGAGUACUUUAGACUUAUGGGUUUUACCAAUUGCAACAGGGUUCCGGAGGAUAGGGCUUUGGCGUGGGGGACGGGCUUGUUGGAGGGUCUGAGCGCUCGCAGUGUUGAGGAAUUUCUGGAUGAGGCGGCUAAAGACGAGAAGGCUGUUCCGUAAGCUAUGUGAGAUGGUUGUUGUAUCGAGUAAUCUAAAUGAGCAUGGAAUAGGUCAAGCAACCCACGCAGAUCGAGUCAGUAAACAUAAUCCCGCCGAUGGUAUCUCUGAGUGGGCCCAGAGCAGCCUGAGCCAAUCUGGAUAGCCUGACGAUGACUACUAUUGUUCUGAGCUGGCUAGGAAAGAAAGUAUUGCAGCGCCGCCCUCUCAGGGAUUUGCAAAUGUUGAUUCCCGGAUAUUGAAUGUGGUGAUAUGCUUCAAUCGAAUCGAUACCCCCCCUUGCAUUGGGUAGAAUGCAAGAGCCUUCGGACAUACAUCCGUGACACAGAAUGAGUGCAUCAUGGGUGGAACCAUUGCAAAAGGAUCCAUGUGGUCGACUAAGUGAGUGAGUUUAUUGGUGCGCACAAUUCCCAUCCUCAUCAUGAAGGUCAGGAUCAACCAAGUAAGCGGGCCCACAACGCCGGGCAAGUUGGAGGUAGCGAGCUCAGAUAGUCAGAGAAGAUAAGAGAAGCAUGAAUACAAAAGUGCGCUUUUCCACCCAUUAAGAUAUAAUGCACGGCUGGAAGGGCGAGAGCGUUAAUGUUGGCUUGCUUGGUUAGAUUACGUGUGGCCAGGAGAAACACUUCGAAGGGCAGUUGAUCCAACCGAUGCAUUCUUAUCCUAGAGGGGAGGCGCGUGGCCACAGGCGAAAUCAGAUAUGAGAGCGAGCGAAG